AUGCCGAGCGGGACGCCAGCCCAUCAUCGCCACGCGACUUUGAAGCCCACCGUGGCAGAGCGGCCGCAUGGGCAUAAGGAGGCGCCCCCGCAGGUGAUACCUAUGACCAAUGUUAUGCCAGGAGACAGUCCCUUCGUCACGUGGGACAAAUUCCAGUCCGCUAAGAGUGUGAUAAGUACUGUUAUAGGGGAAAACGUGGAAUCCGGCGCAACGACUCCCAUACUACCAGACGACGGCAGCACUAUGAAGGCCUUUCUUCUGCGCAUCGAGCGCCGGUGCACCCAGAUGGGAUUGGAACCGCGCGAGUGGGGAAAUGCACAUAUAGACAACCUUCUAGUUCCCCACCGCCCCCGCCCUCCCGCUUUGGUUCCCCCGGCAGCCGACGCCGCCUGGCCUCCUAUCCACGAUGCAGCAGGCAAUCCCACAGAGGAAUACGAAAUCGACUGUAUUAUGGACCAACGCGGCUCGGGAGAUGCAGCCCAGUACCUCGUGAAGUGGCGCGGGGCCCCCGAAGAUCAAUCCACAUGGGAGCCAGCUCACCACCUUACAGGCUGCCCGGCUUUGCUUCGCGCUUGGCGCCGCCGCCAACGAAGACGUCUUCAGGCUCGAAACAACAUUGGUUCUUCCGAGGCGUAG